CCUGUCACAAGUCUUACGGUACACAGUCGGUAGGAUUUCGUCGUGGUACCCCGAUCACUUCCGGUUGGCAUUCGUCGUUACUCGACGCUCUGCUUCUUAAUAAAUCGUGUUGGGGACUUGAAUUCGUCACCAGCCAUGACCCUGUUUCACUUUGGAAAUUGCUUUGCUUUGGCGUAUUUCCCUUAUUUUAUCACCUACAAGUGCAGUGGACUUUCCGAGUACAAUGCCUUCUGGAGAUGUGUCCAGGCUGGCGCCACAUACCUGUUUGUCCAGCUCUGCAAAAUGCUGUUCCUUGCUACUUUUUUCCCCACCUGGGAAGGAGGAGCUGGUGUUUAUGAUUUUGUAGGGGAAUUCAUGAAAGCAACAGUGGACCUUGCAGACCUGCUGGGCCUCCAUCUGGUCAUGUCGCGUAACGCUGGUAAAGGAGAGUACAAAAUCAUGGUGGCCGCCAUGGGCUGGGCAACAGCAGAACUCAUCAUGUCAAGGUGUCUUCCUCUGUGGGUCGGCGCUAGGGGGAUCGAAUUUGACUGGAAAUACAUCCAAAUGAGCUUUGACUCCAACAUUAGUCUGGUCCAUUAUAUCGCCAUGGCAGCAGUAGUGUGGAUGUUCACACGCUACGACCUUCCUAAGAGCUUCAGGCUUCCUGUUACUGUGCUGCUGGCACUUUGUGUCUACAAGUCCUUCCUAAUGGAGUUGUUCAUCCAUGCCUUCCUGUUGGGCAGCUGGACUGUGUUGUUGGUGAAAGCCGUGCUCACUGGUGCCAUUUCUCUUUGCUCACUUUUUCUCUUUGUCACCCUGGUGCACAGUAACUAGAUCCAUUUCAAGCACCCUUUGCCGUAUUAGUGUUUGUAUAAACUGGUCUUAAGUCCGAGCCAACGGCUGUGGCUCAUGUCGGACUGAAAAGGGAAAUUAUUCUCUUGUGGUGGAUGGAAGUGACAUCCGAAGGCAUCCGGGAUUGUCUUUUUUUUUUUUUAAACACAAUCUUAUGUGAAAAGGUGAGUUUUGUAUUAUGAUCACAAAGUAAGUUAUGUAACAUUUAAAGUAGUAUAUUUGCAUACAUUGAUGGCUCAAUACAAAAUUUGACCUGUAUGUAAUUAAAACACCAACUAGGUUCAGACAUCAGUCUUAACCUUUUCUUGAUUAUUUAUUAGACACAUCUCCAUGAGAAACGCACGCCGUAAUUUCUGUGACCAGCAGUGUGUUCAAUGUCUCUAUACGGGGCAAAUAUAUGGAUAAAGGAUUAAAAAAAUAACAUAGAAUCGUGAAAAGUAGAUGUCAAACAAUCUCCCGUAUGCUAAAAGGCCACUUUUACACCUCUGUCAUGUACUGUAGCUCGAUUGUUGAACAUUUUCUCAGAUGACGUUUGAAAAUAUGAAUAAAUAUCGACAAAUUUACAA